GCCUGCUGGCUCCGGCCGCCCUGCCGCCGAGCUCCCCUCGGCCGCGCGUGCUGCCGGCGCCCCGCGGCGGCGGCGGCCAGCAGGCCGUGGACCGCAGACGCCCACUGCUCGUGGCCCUCUUGGGCGCCGCCGUCCCCUCUCCGGUCGCCGGCCUCGAGCCCGGGCCGGUGGCCGCACCUUCGGCGCCCAGCUGCGAGCCGACGCUCUCACAUCUGGCGGGUGAGCUAGGUGACGUAUUCCUUGUGGGUGUCGCGCAUGUCAGCAACCGAUCUGCGGAGCUCGCACGAGUGGCAGUGUUGCGCGGCUCCCCCGACCUGGUGAUGAUGCGGGGUUCAGGUCGAACCUAG